UUAAAAAUAUUUAAAUUUUUAUUUAUAAUUUUAUGUCACUAAAAAUAAUCAUUUCACCGACUAAUUUCGUAGAUUUCAUAUGUUCAUAUCAUUUUAGAUUAUAUUUUCUCAUUUUAUUUUAUUUUUUUUUUAAUUUUGUAUAUAAUUAAUAUAAUAUUUAUAAAAAAAAUAGAAAAAAGAGCAAUGAAUGGUAUAAAUAUUAUAGACAAAGCUUUACGCACCGUGUCAUCGAGCUGCGGCCCCCACCUGUCAACGCAGACGUGUCGCGCAGGCAGAGGAGGAAAAGGAGGUGGGGCCGGGGGCACCGCUUCCGCAACAUCUGUACUGCUUUAAGACGACCUUCCCCCACAAAAGAAGCCACACCACAGCCUCCGACUCUCCCGAUCUGUUUCCCACCCAGUCUUCCCUACGCCAAUGUCUUUGUUUCCUCCUAUUUGAUCGAGUCCGAUUCAAGUUCUUCCUGGUCGUAACAGAGAGCAACGAUUGCUUGCAAUGGAGAUCGGAGAGGAGCCUAAUAAUUCCUUGAGUUCAUCAGAGGAAUCCGCCAUGACCGGAGGCAGGCCGCGCUUACUGCAUAGCUCCGGCACUUCACUCGUCUCCAUCGCCCGCAAGUCCUACGGACGAAUCGAAGAACUCGAUGGCUACGUGGGUUUGCUAGCUCGACUGGUGGCCUUCAUGGCGGGCCCCUUCGUGCGCCCGGUGGAGCGGCGAUGGCUGUCUUGGCUCUCCUUCCUCGACUGCAUAAUACUGACGACGGAGAAGAUAUUGGUGUUCAUCUUCCCGCCGCUCGAACCAGUCUUCACGAAGAUUGAUGAGCUUGCCCCCCUUGUCGAUUCUCUUCCCGAGAAGUUCGAUGGCGUGAUCGAUCAACUACUGCUGGUGAUGUCCGGAUCGAGCAAUGAGGAGGAGGAACGGGAUGAAGAACAGGAAACGAAACAGAGGAGUCGAUGCGAAGGUGACCAUAAAUGGAAGAGGGCCAAGGAGGAGGUGCCGGAGGAGGAGGAUAUGAGGGAGGUGGAGAAGAGUUGUGAGGAGAUCCUGGGGGCCCUGAAGAAGAUCGGAAUGGUGGAGGAAGGAGGUAAUGCUGAUGCUGGUGAAGGAGAAGGUGUUGAUAGAGAUCAUGAUCGAGGAAAAGGUGCAGCAGGGAGGAUGAAGGGAGCUGGUGGUGCUGAGCCACAGAAGGAGAAUUCUGAUCUGAUGAUGGGGGAUGCCAUGCUAGAGUUGUUUGAUGAAGGGUGGCAUCAGAAACGUCUGACAGGAUAAAAAUGCCAAUAAGAGAGCUGUUAAUAUCAUCAAUUUUUUUGUUUUUUUUGGUCUUCUAGUCAAUUAGAAAGAUACAAUUAUGUUCUUUAUGAACCUUGAACUUUUGAUGCAUUAUAUCAUUACGUGAAAUGGAUCUCCACAUUGUCUA